GUCACGAGACAGACCGGGCUCUGCCGCCGCCGCCGCCGCCGCCAUGCUACUCUCCUGCUUCCCGGAGCUCUACUUCAACGUGGACAGCGGCUACCUGGAGGGCCUGGUGCGCGGUUUCAAGGCCGGGGUGCUCAGCCAGGCCGACUACCUCAACCUGGUCCAGUGCGAGAGCCUGGAAGAUCUAAAGCUUCACCUCCAGAGUACGGACUAUGGGAACUUCCUGGCAAAUGAAGCCUCUCCUCUCACUGUCUCUGUCAUUGAUGACAAGCUUAAGGAGAAGAUGGUGGUGGAGUUCCGGCACAUGCGGAAUCACGCUUACGAGCCUUUGGCCAGCUUCCUGGACUUCAUCACCUACAGCUACAUGAUCGAUAAUGUCAUUCUACUGAUUACCGGGACGCUCCAUCAACGCUCCAUCGCUGAACUGGUACCCAAGUGCCACCCCUUGGGCAGCUUUGAGCAGAUGGAGGCUGUGAAUAUUGCCCAGACACCAGCUGAGCUCUACAAUGCCAUCCUGGUGGACACGCCUCUCGCCGCCUUUUUCCAGGAUUGCAUAUCUGAGCAGGACCUGGAUGAGAUGAACAUAGAGAUCAUACGAAACACUUUGUAUAAGGCUUACCUGGAGUCCUUCUACAAGUUCUGCAAGAGCCUGGGAGGCACAACAGCAGAUGCCAUGUGCCCGAUUCUGGAGUUCGAAGCGGAUCGCAGAGCCUUCAUCAUCACCAUCAAUUCUUUUGGCACCGAGCUGUCCAAGGAGGACCGCGCCAAGCUCUUCCCCCACUGUGGCAAACUCCACCCCGAGGGCCUGGCUCAGCUCGCCCGGGCAGAUGACUACGAGCACGUCAAAACAGUGGCCAAUUACUACCCGGAAUACAAGUUGCUCUUUGAAGGAGCAGGGAGCAACCCUGGUGACAAAACCCUGGAAGACCGAUUCUUUGAGCACGAGGUGAAGCUGAACAAGCUGGCCUUCCUGAACCAGUUCCAUUUUGGUGUGUUUUAUGCUUUUGUGAAACUGAAGGAGCAAGAAUGUCGCAACAUUGUGUGGAUUGCGGAGUGCAUUGCACAGCGCCACCGAGCCAAGAUUGACAACUACAUUCCCAUCUUCUGAGUGUUUCCCUUUGUCUGGCAAAGUCCGUAGAUGUCCCGGAUGGCUUCUUCAGCCCCGCCUGGGGAAGCUGGGGCAGGAGGGAACCCACACGCACCCCCCUUUCCUCUUGGACUCCUUGUGCCUGCCAGAAUCGGACAGGUUAAAUCGUGCUGUGUCUGUACCAACUCGUUGUGCUGUUGAGAAGGCAUCUUGCUGGGCGCAUCAGAAGGUUUCACAUCUGCAGCCCUCCUGGGGGCCCCAUUUGGGACGCACCGAGCGUCCAGUUCAUUUCAUGACCCCUCUUUGCAUCUGCUGCUUGUUGCCACCAUCAUCGGGCUUUUUGGCCCAGGUCAGGGCAGUCCUGAGGCCUCCUGGAAGUGGCAGCUUAGCAAGGGACCCUGUGCUUGGAGUGCUGCUAGAACGGCAUUCCCCUCCCCCUCCCUCC